AUGCAGUUCGAACCUAAAAGCACGUAUGUGGAGAGAAGAGAAGACGGCCGAGCAGAAGGAAACAAAGGAGGGGAGACUGGACAAACGGCAGAGAAGGCAAAAGAAGAGACAAAAGAGCAAUCACCAGAACGGUCGAAUGCUCCUGACGGUGGUGAUGGAGAAACGUGUUGGCAGAGAUAUCCAGAAGUGAAAAAUCGAGUCCAGGGUUUUCUACGGAAGCUAAGGUAUGAUGCCGCUUUGGCAACCAUCGUUGCAAACUACGGCCCUUGUUCACUCCCCAGUUCUUCAUCUGCUCCGUCUCCGCUUCCGUCCACUCCAUCUCACGCCUCUCUUUCGUCUUGCGAGUUUUUCUCCCUCUCCGAUGGCUCCUUGCAGUCCUGCGCGUCUCUUGCAGACCGCCGGAGACAGGCGACUGCUCAGCUCUUUAAUCGCGUCAUCCAAACCUGUGCCUUCCACGCGACACUUCCGAUCUUGGUGAAGACCUUUUGUUUCUUCCUCCCCUCGCCGCUAGUGCAAGACGCAGUCCAGGAGCUGCGGGAAUCAAGACAGGAGACGCGAGGAAGUCGCACUGGGGAACAGUCAGAGCGCGAGCAAGGAAAUCUUGCAAGUUCCGCGGUAGAAGAUGCCAAAAGAGCUAGACCGGAAAAUGCGAGUGGUGUUGUGUUGAGGGACGGAGAGGGCGGAACGGUGAAGGUGGCAUGGCAGAACGAACAGGGGAAGCAAGCGCAAUGUUCAGGAAAAGACCACUCGUUCCAGUUCAAAGAUCGAAAAAGUGAAACAAACGGAUCAAGACAGCCUCGUCCGGGGAAAGAACCCGUUACCGGCGCUCCAGAAGUAACAGGAGGGGGUAAUGGCGGCUGCAGGGAUUCAGGUGUCUCUAGAAGCGAGGUGUAUGGACACCCCACAGAUGAGAGGGAGAAAGCCAUUGGUCGUCAGGUUUCCGCCUGUGGGCGGAACCCGGUCUUUUUCCGGGCCCUUGUGAAGGCCUUUGACCACUUCACGCGCAUUUUGGACUCAGACAGGUGGCUUCUCUCUCCUGAAUAUGAGAAUCUGCUCGCUUUCUGGAGACGCCAAAGAGAGGGAGCAGGAGACAGGACUCGAGGGUGUGCGGGCUCCGCCAAGAAAGAUCUUGCAACCGUGCACGAACAGGAUUUUCGGAAACGGCCCAGCCCUCGAGUGUCCUCGUUCCAACCCAUUUCCUCGUGGUCUCUGGCAGACUCACAACAGACCGAGAGGGUCGGGAACAACUUUCUGAACGGGGAAAUCGACGAGGGGUUGCCGGCGCUGGAGCUGAGCGUGGACCGUGCAAACCGCCGGGAGCUGGCCACGUCUCUGCUGAAGUUUUUGAUGGAGGCUCCUCUCUCUGCGGCUGUACCCCCACCUGCGUCUUCCUCUUCUGGAAUAGAGGAGUCGCAAAUCGUGGAAGGCGCAAGCAAUGACGACCUCUCGCGUUCAUCCUCAGCGCCUGUCAGGCCUUCGUCCGGUGAUGGCCUCGAGGAAAAGGGAACGAAAGAGAAAGCACAGACAGAUCUCCUGUCUCUCUUCCCAUUCCUGGAGGACGCUGCCGAGGUCCGAGCCGGCCAGUUUGGCCGAGAGCUAAAGAAACGAAGACUUCGGCGGUGCUGGGAAUUGCUGGACGAGGCAGGGCGCCUGUGUAGACUCGAGGUGGAUGUGACGGAAACGGAGAAGAGCACGCGAGAGGAACAGGUCGAUGACGAGGAGGCAAGUGGUGGCGACAAGGUGAGGAAGGAAGGCGAGGCCGAGCGAGAGGAGCGAGACAAGAGGCGUGGAGAGGUCGAGAAAGACAAGAACACGAAUGCCCCUUCCCCAAGUCGCGAGAACGAUCGUUUCGCACAACCCAAGCAAGGGAAACCGAAUCUUACGCUUCCUCUCGCAUUCCGCGCAUUUGCAAACGACGCAGAGACGCCCAAGGCAACACCUAGACAUGAAGCUCUUGCUGCCCAGCGCUGCGUCUCCUCCAGUGGCCUCGGCUUCCAGGGAGACUCUCGUACUCACGUUCUUCUUCUUGGAGCCGCUAUCGCAGCUGGACAAGUUGAAGAGGCCCGGAGACAGCUGAAGCUGAUUGAGGAGAAAGCAUAUUUCCUUGAAUUCCCAGCCCUCUCUGAAGAAAAUGGAGAAUACUGCGGAGCAAGCAAGUGGAUUCAGGUCUUCCAGCCUUCCUUUCUGCGUCGCCUCCAAGCCGCUCGCCUCCUGCCGCUCGACGCACCAGCGAGCUCCGUUGUGAAGGAAAUGCCCAGCGUUCCUGCGUCGGCAGAGAAACCCAGAGAACUCGGCGGCGCAAGGGACGGAGGAGAGGACGACUUACCGUCUGCGAGAGAGUCCUCCGAGGAGAGGAACCUGAAGAAGAGAGAAUCGAAAGACGAGCGCCUCCUCGAGGUUUUAUUCGCGGCUUUCCUUGAAGCUACACACCAGGCGGAACGAUGCCCGAGAGACAAGCAUCGCCACGGCGCUGCUCUGUUUAGGAUCGGCAAACCGGACGACAAAACUGCGACUUUGGGCUCUUCUCUCUUGUCCACUCCAUCUCCCUGUCCUGCUGGAGCGUCCCCCUCUCCUCUCGCGUCGUCUGCGUGUGCUGUGCCUUCCUCGGAAUUCCGCCAUUUUUCUUUCUCGCCGACCUGCCGGGGAUCUCGGGUCCUCUGCGGGGGGCGCAACUUUGUACUCCAUCGAGAGAAGAAGAAAUCCUCGGAGGGCAAGGAGACACGGAGACGGAGGGCGGGUGAGUCAGGAGGGCAACAAAUGCGGCAAGACGACAGCGGAGACGCCUCAGGCAAGGUGGAGAGGGCGGGGCAGCAGAAUCGAGGGGUAGAGAGUGGAGAGACGGAGACAGGCGGGAAGAAGAGCAAGGAACGGGCGAAAAAGAAGCUAGAAUCCCUCGUUGUCCACGCGGAGGUCGAUUGCCUAUCGCAGCUUCCACCGGAGGCUACGCAAGGCGUCGCGGUAUGCAUCGUUGAGCUCGACUCCCCAGGUCUCGGGCCCACACCCGCUCCUUUGGCCUUCGUCGAGGAGAUUCUGGCGGCGCGCAAGGAUAACAAAAAAGAGGAUACAAUGAAGUAG